AUGGGUCGUGUCCAGCGUGCGCCAUGCUUUCAAUGCCGAUGUCGCAAGGUAAUGUACCCCUUAGGGACUGCGACCGAUAUCGAAGUUGUGUUAACUCCCGAAAAUCAGGUGCGCUGUGAUCGCCGGCCGACUGGAUGCGUGAACUGUGAGCGUCUGGGUUUUCUUUGCUCCUUCCAGCAAAACAACGCCGGCGGGCACAGAUCGCCCGGAACGCCGAAGAGUUCCCGGAAUGUCAAAAAUGUCACCGACGAGGGCUACCAUGCCAAUACUCAGCCCCGAAACGACCCCGAGAUGACAGACAACCAGAAGUGGCCUCUUAGUUGCUUCCCCUUUGUGAAAUCAACUCCUGACUCGGACAGAUCGGGCCUCACUCUCAUGGAAGAUGAUAUUUUACGAAUAAUUAACGACUUUUUCACCAACCUGUAUCCCAUUCCAGCUUACGCCUUCCAUCACGAGCCUUCUAUCCGCCAUCAAUGCAUGAACAACGCCCUUGACCAAAAUCUCCGACUGUCUAUUGCAGCAAUAACAACACUGUACUUAUCAAAUAACCAACGCCACUUAGAUGAGACUGUCCCUUGGAUCGCGAAAGUCGAAACAGACAUCUGGAACCAUUUAGAGAAACCUAGCAUCACCCAACUGCAGUCUCUUUUGCUCGUGGUCCAUUGCCACAUUCAGAUUGGCCAAUUUUCGCGCGCCUACAUGCUAGCUGGGCUCGCUGCACGCGCGGUGACAGCACUCCGAUUAAACUACGAACGCCCUGAGCUGAGCUUGAUCGCCCAGGAAACUCGCCGGCGGGUGCUCUGGGCCCUGACCUUCAUCGACGGCUCAUUUUCCGUCGGUCUUCCAGAAUACGAGACUAUCCCGCAUACAAUCAUCUACCAGCGUCUACCUAUCUCCGAGGACGCGUUCUGGAACGGAGCCCCGGAGAACCGCCUUACUACCUAUCAGCCCACUCUCACCUCUGACCUGGACCCCGACUCCCCACAGAGAUGCAGCCUCCUGGGUGCCUGUAUACGGCUAUCGAAGAUUUCCAAAGACAUUAUGCGAUUGACCCGCCAACUCGCCCUUGCCGAGCAGCCCCUCUCCCAGCUCAGCGGACUCGUCCAGGAAAUCCAGAAUGACCUCUGGCGCCUCCACAGCGACGUAGAGCACACCUUCGCCUACGACGUGGACUGCUCCCGCAUGGUCUCCGAAAAAGUCGGCUCGCGUUGGUUUGCGCGCUUCCUGCAGGUCUCGGUCACCUGGCACCAGGCACACUGCGACCUAUACCGGCUCUUUGUGCCGCGGUACCCAGAGGCCGCGCCGCAAGUGAUCAUGGAGACAGUGGAGCCGAGUCUUCGCGCCCACGCGCUCGACGCGUGCGCCAAACAUGUGACACACAUUAACCAGAUCCUGCGCGGCCUGCGAGACCUCGAUGUUACACCGGUGUUGCCAUCGUACAUAGCGGUGUGUGCUUAUCAUGCCACGCGGCUGACAUUGUUCUUGCCCUCGGCGCUGGAGCUAGGGUUGCAGUUGGGGUUGAAGGCGGCUGAUGCCGUGGAAGGUGCCGGUGUUGCGCUGGAGGUGCUUGAGCGUUUCUUUUCGAGAGUUCCGGCUGCCCGGAGCAUUGUGUUGGACAUGCGUAGAUUGGUGCGACUGGCGCAGGAGGAGCCACAUAGUGUGUAUAGAGAGCUAUGCUCUGCAGCGCCAGCAUUCGGCCAUGGACGGGAUCGGCAUAGUCACCUAGCGAUUCAUAGUUUGGUGAGGCAGGCUAACUUUGUGGACGAGGGGUACGAUGGGCUGCAAGAGCAUUGGACAUAG